UUAUGAGGACGAGGUUUACUCUUAGGCGGCCAACAAAGGCUGUGGAGCCCGUGCUGCGGAGCUCCGGGCUCGGUACGACUGUGCCCACCCCCCGUCUCAGCCGAGCGUGAUUGGACCAAAGUCGGUUCCCCUUUCCCCUCUAACCCGGUGAUGUGAUGUUGGCCGUUUCCUGCUUCUUCUGCCCAACUAGUGGCAGCGCGUUUCUUUCACUCCGGCGAAACACACACACAUACACACACACACUCUCUCGCUCGCUCACUCAGCCAGCAAGCAAGCAAGCAAGCUUUGGACAUCAGUGGCUGCUUUAAACGAAGCAAAGGCAAAAGAGAAGAGAAGGAAGCCACAGAAACGUGAAGCAGCAAACGUUAGAAAACCAACCACAACACAAUGCGGAGGAAAUCGAGGAUAUUACUAUGUUUUGCUGUGCUUUGGGUGCUCGGAAUAGCUUACUAUUUCUAUUCUGGAACAACGCUGAACCGAAAGGAUGAUUGGAGUGGGUUAAAUUCAAACAGAAUUCAAGCAAGCCUCAAUUCAGAUGACAGAGCUCACAGCAUGGAAACACUUCCUCCUGGAAAGGUGAGGUGGCAGGACUUUGACCAGGACCUGUACGUGGGAGCUACAGUGGUGAGGCCGGGACAGGAUCCCUACGCCCGAAACAAAUUCAACCAGGUGGAGAGCGACAAACUCAAGAUGGACCGCAAUGUUCCAGACACCAGACAUGACCACUGUCGUCAUAAGCAGUGGAAGUCGGAGCUCCCAGCGUCCAGCGUGGUGAUCACGUUCCAUAAUGAAGCUCGCUCUGCGUUGCUGCGCACUGUGGUCAGUGUGCUAAAGAAGAGUCCUCCUCACUUGGUGAAAGAGAUCAUUCUGGUGGACGACUACAGUGACAAUCCUGAAGAUGGGGCUUUAUUAGGGAAAAUAGAGAAAGUCAGAGUUCUACGAAAUGAUCGACGAGAAGGUCUGAUGCGCUCUCGUGUCCGCGGGGCAGAUGCAGCCACGGCUAAUGUCCUCACUUUCCUGGACAGCCACUGUGAGUGUAAUGAACACUGGCUGGAGCCUCUGCUGGAGAGAGUUGCUGAGGACAAGACGCGUGUUGUCUCGCCCAUCAUCGAUGUCAUUAACAUGGACAACUUCCAAUAUGUCGGAGCUUCUGCUGAUCUGAAAGGAGGUUUUGACUGGAAUCUGGUGUUUAAAUGGGACUACAUGACCCUGGAGCAGAGAAGAGCACGGCAGGGGAACCCUAUCGCCCCGAUCAAGACUCCUAUGAUCGCCGGUGGUCUCUUCGUCAUGGACAAAGGCUACUUUGAGGAGCUGGGGAAGUACGACAUGAUGAUGGACGUGUGGGGUGGUGAAAAUCUUGAGAUCUCGUUCCGCGUGUGGCAGUGUGGAGGCAGUCUGGAGAUCAUCCCCUGCAGUCGAGUGGGACACGUCUUCAGAAAGCAGCACCCGUACACCUUCCCCGGAGGCAGCGGCACCGUGUUCGCCAGGAACACCAGACGAGCAGCAGAGGUCUGGAUGGAUGAUUUUAAGAAUUUUUACUACGCCGCCGUGCCUUCUGCUCGGAAUGUACCCUACGGCAAUAUUCAGAGCAGACUGGAGAUGAAGAAGAGGCUAGGCUGCAAGCCUUUCAAGUGGUACCUGGAGAACGUUUACCCGGAACUUCGGGUUCCUGAUCACCAGGACAUCGCUUUCGGUGCUCUGCAGCAGGGAGGGAACUGUCUGGACACUCUGGGACACUUCGCUGAUGGUGUUGUGGGGGUCUACGAGUGUCACAACGCAGGGGGCAACCAGGUAUCAUUCAGAGCACAGGAAUGGGCUUUAACAAAAGAUAAGUCUGUGAAGCACAUGGACCUGUGUCUGACGGUGGUGGACCGCACAGCGGGCUCUCAGAUCAAACUGCAGGGCUGCAGGGAAAAUGACAGCAGACAGAAAUGGGAGCAGAUUGAGAAUAACUCUAAGCUGCGGCACGUGGGCAGCAACCUGUGCCUGGACAGCCGGAGCGCCCGCAGCGGGGGUCUGACCGUGGAGGUGUGCAGCCCCUCCCUCACUCAGCAGUGGAAGUUCACCCUCAACCUGCAACCCUAGUCCAGCCCGCGCCGGGGUCAGCGCGCUGCUCUCUGAGGAACACUGCCCCAAACGCAGCUCGCCUGCACACGGCCUCCAGCGGGGCCACGGGGCCACGUUAACGGACUACAGAAACACAGUGACUUUUUUCCAUCCAACUAUAUACCUCACCGUUUCUUUUUUUUCUUUUCUUUUCGGUCCAGCUCUUGGAAAGUGAAUCUAAACUCUAAUUUAAAAAAAAAAAAGAAAAAAUGAGGUUUUCCUUCCUGUUUCGAACGCCAGCCAAACGGAUCAGAUUUUUCUUGGUGCCGAUUAAUUUUUUCAUCUUUUUUUUUCUUUCAGUUUGUUUAAUUUCAUCACUUUUUUGUUUGUUUUAAAAAAGGUGACUAUUACUCUGUUGUUUUCUUUUCACGUAACCAAUAUUGUUGAAUGUAAGUGACUCCCUGAGGCUCCCUGCCCGAGCGUGCAGCCUGCUCUGGAAUUUUAAUGAAGACCGUUUCAGUUCUGUUCAGAUCUUCUAGAUUUUCGGCAGAACCGCAGUGAUGAGGGAGGACACGUGUUUGUAUGUGCGUGAGUGAGUGUGUGUAUGCGUGUGAGAAUGAGUGUGUGUGUGUGUACACUUUGAACUGUUGUAAAGAGUGUCCACACAGCAGAACGCCGUUUUGUUUUUUGCUUUGUUUUCUUGUUUUUUUCUUUCUAUAGUUUCUAUCAAAUUGCGUCAAAUCGUCAUUCUGUCCGUCUUGCGUCUUGAAGGUGCAAUGUGUAAAGAUUUGAACUGCUUCCUCUUUGGGCCUCUGGAGCGUUUCUGAGGAGAGGACGGAGGCGUGGAACCCGGGCGCUGUUGCUGCUGCUGGACUUCACAGCACGUAGCACUGGCUGCUACUCUUCAGCAUCUGCCCCAUUCGUUUUGCAUAUGAAACUGACAGUUAUGACAUUUUGGUGGUCAUUUCUGUAUUUCCCACAAGUAACAUUCACGUAAUCAGAACUGUUGGUUUCUUGGAAAUUGUUUCCUUUCAUGAGGUCUUCUCAGUUCUAGCGAUACUUUAUAGUUUUUUGAUAAUUAUGUAGAAUAAUCAAGGUAAUGACAUGGUAACUGUAACUGUGCUCCAGAUAUUUUCUUUUUGAAAAUGUACUUGUGCAUUUUUUUUCUACCCCCUCGCUCUUCAUCAGAGGGGUUAUGUUUUAAAAGAAAAUCUCCUACAGAAGUGUCAAACUGUGUCUCAUCUGAUAAAACAGUGAAAAACAGGAAGCAGAAUUCCAGUCACUGCAGCCCCAUUAGUUAUAUAUAGGUAUUCUGAUCAUCAGCCUUGGACGGUGCUGGACGGAGUUGGACAGUGCUGGAGGGCCUUGGACAGUGCUGGACGGAGUUGGACAGUGCUGGACACAGUUGGACAGUGUCUGACAGUCUAGUUUGUGUAUUGCACAUCAUGUGUUGUUACUUGAUGAUUUCUUGUUGACCUUGUUUUUGAUUUUUCUUGAGAGAAUUAGGGUGAAUAUUAUCUAUUAUCCAUAGCCUUCAACUAUAUCCAUGCUACUGUAAACGGAAUGGGUGACUGACCAGCUCUGAACGUGUCUUUUUUUUUUUAUGGGCAAGGUAACACAUCUGUACUGGAAAUCGCUUGUCUGUCUGUCUGUUUUUUUUUUUUUUUGUCACAGGCCUGAAAGUCUCACAUUCUUUCUUUCUCUUGUUCUUUAUUUCUUUCUGCCUCUCAAAUCAAAUCUCUCAAUCAUGUUGCCAUGUUUUUUUUAAAUCUUCAUUGUCGCUCUCAGAACUUUGACUAUGGUACUGCAGAUGAUGCUGUGAUUGCUGAUUAGUUCUCGGGAAGCAGUUUUCAGUUUCUAUUGUAAAGCAUUGUUUUUUUCUUUUGGCAUAAGUUUCAUUUUACUGUUGUAGUCGGAUAGCCCUGUAGCAUUCUGUAAUUUAUU